GAGAAUGACCUCAGCCGAUCCCGACACCGCCCCAGCUCCUUCGCAGAGCAAGAGUUUAUGGAAACGUUUAGCUGGGCCGUCUUCUGCCAAAGCCGGACUCACAACUGAUCAAUCCGACAUAAACCGCGUUAUUGCUGAAGCUUCUAAAGGCUCAAAAUUCUACGAGAAUGAAAAGAAGAAAGACAAGGAGCUCACGAAAAGAAUCGAGAGGCUAUUGCAAACGCGGGAUACUGCCAUGAAAGAAGCUGACCUGGUGCAGGUUGAAUCUACUACAUCACAUCUGCUGAUAGAACUCGAAUCGCUAAGGGACGCUUCGCAAAUCAUAGUUCAUGUUGAUGCCGACGCCUUUUUCGCGAACUGCGAACUGCUCUAUAAUCCGGAACUGAAAGGAAAGGCGUUCGGGGUAGGAAAGGGUGUGCUCACAACAGCAUCAUACGAAGCUCGGAAAUUUGGCGUUCGUUCAGGAAUGGCAGCUUUCAUAGCCAAAAAGCUCUGUCCAGAGCUGAUACUACUCUCCAUUCACCCCGAGCGUUACUCAGACAUGUCCAAAAGAGUUAUGGCGAUCUUGGCACGCUACGAUCCAGACAUGCUCGUUGCUAGCUGUGAUGAAGCCUAUCUUAAUAUCACGGAAUACUGCGAACAGCAUGAUCUCACCGCAGACGAAUGUGUUUCUGAAAUGCGUAGGAUCGUUCAAGAAGAGACCAAACUUACUGUAAGCGCUGGGAUAGCCUCUAACAGGAUGCUCGCUAAGAUAUGCUCAGACAAGAAUAAACCCAACGGCCAAUUUCACUUGCCGCCCGAUAGUCAAACCAUUAAAGACUUCAUGGUAGAUUUACCUGUGAGAAAAGUUCCAGGAAUUGGCCGAGUUCACGAACGGAUGCUUGAGUCUAUCGGUGUCACGACAUGCGGCGAUAUCUUCACACAACGUGUCAGUAUUGCGUUGCUGGACAAGGAGUUUGGCCUCCGGUUCAUGUUACAGACAUAUCUGGGCAUUGCAUCAAAUGUUGUUCGUCCGCAUUCCCGGGAGGAGCGGAAAAGUAUUGGAGCAGAACGAACAUUCCACCCAUUAGCAGACAAGGGCAAGAUUCUGCAGAAGCUGGAAGAGGUUGCGGAGGAAUUGGAAAACGACAUGACCGAGACCGGAUGGGCUGGCCGAACGGUUACUCUGAAGUAUAAAUUAGAGAACUAUCAAGUAUUUACCCGCGCAAAAUCUUUCGAACGUUGGAUCACCAAAAAGAAUGACUUGCUUGCCAUUGGAACAGAACUUCUUCUCGCUGAGCUGCCUUUAAAGAUACGUCUCAUCGGAUUGAGGGUCACCAAACUCAAGGACCUCAAGAUAUCCGCUGACUCUGGAAUCAAAAGAUACUUCGGCGGGCCCAUGGAACAAACGUCUCCUAGAAAAAAACGAAAAACACACUCUGACGACAUUCAAGUUGGUGACCAUACAUGGCAGGAUCAUAUACCAGGGUUCGAUGACGAUGAAGAGGAUGACGUUCAAGUUUUGAACGAUGAGCUUUUGUCAUCUGCGGAAACAUCUAGUUCAAGGCGCUCUUCUGCUCCCGAAAACGCGAUCAUACAUGCCUCCAUACCAAUCUCUGCAAAAGCUUCAGGGAAAAAACGAUUUAUUGAGUCACAGACCUUCUGCCCAGUCUGUGGUACAGAAUUAGACACAAAUGACAACCGGAAGCUUAAUUCUCAUGUUGAUUUUUGUUUAAGCCGGGAAGCGAUACAAGAAGCGGAGGGACAUUCGGCGGAAGCUGAAGCCAAAACCAGGUUGCAAGCGCAGGCAUGGACAAGCUCUGUAACCAUUAUCUCCAGUUCUUUUGGGACGCAUACCACACCGUCUUCGUCCGCUACGAUCCAAUCUCCAGGAUUAACUGUUGUCGAGGGGAACGUUGUAUCGCCUCUCGGAACCAGCUCCAGGGGAACGUUUAUAGCAGACGGUCGAGUGAAAGGAGACUGGCCAACUGUAGAAUGAGCACGAGCGAAUACUGAGAAUCCUAGCUCCCUGUGUUCUGCAAGAUCCCUGCAGCGACCAGAGAUGACAACUCCGAUAGCGUUUCGCGCUUGAGCACCGGCUGUCAUUAAUCCUCCCCAAACAGCGUUCUUGGCGUCUAAUGCCGAGGUCAGUAUCAAGAUUAUCAGCUGGAGAUGGCGAAUGACCGAACGUUGGGGAACAUCGAUUACAAUGACCGAACCUGACGGUGCAGUGUCCACAAAAUGCUCAGAGAGCUUUGGAGCACCAGUGUCGGUAGAAGAGACGAAUUUCACAGUAUAUGCUGGGCCACAUAUUGAUUUUCCUGAGAAUUGGCUGAUGUCUGGGAUGUAACCCCCAGAUUCGACACCGAGCUUCAAAAGAGCAUCGGAAAGCUCGCAAGAAGAAAAUGAAGACAGAGCAGACAUCGUUCUGGUACCGUAUUUUGUGUAAUUGUUGAAGAUUGUACGAGAACGUAGAAGUAGAAGCGACAU